AGAUAUUUCCAUCCUAUAUAGUUGACACCUCAGGCACUGAAAUGAACCUGGAUAAUCCCACUAACAGUAUCCCAAAGAGUUGCAAAGCCACUUGGUUAACUUCGUCGACCCCUUCCAAUUUUCUCUCCCUCGGCCCGAUAAUAAUCACAAAUCUUGCAUGCAUAUCACGAUUCUUACACAUCCCAGGUCAUUGGAGAGAAUUUAAUCGCACUGUACCCGUGUCCAAAUAUUAACUACUGUUUGUCCCGGUUCCUGCGCCUGUUGCAGUGUACUGUUGCCUGAACCAAUACUUCGUCUGUACUGUGUCAUCAACCCCUUCGUCGUUCCAGAUGGAUAUCGAUAUGAGCAGAAGAAAUAAGAAGCCACGUCUACUACUAGAAUCAGAACGUGAGAGACUCGAAGAGUUCAUUGACUCUAUACACUACUCUGCCAGAUACUCCGAUGAUCAAUUCGAAUACCGACAUGUCCAACUUCCUAAGAACAUGCUGAAAAAGAUACCGGCCGACUACUUUGAUAGCGCAAAAGGAACUUUAAAACUGCUCUGGGAAGAUGAGUGGCGUGCGCUUGGUAUAACUCAGGUAUGGCUGUUUGAAAAUGAUGCCUAUAACGAUUUGAUAGGUCAAGGUGGUUCUAAUCCACUGUGCAGAGUUUGGGCUGGGAGCAUUACGAAGUACAUGAACCGGAGCCUCAUAUUCUAUUGUUCAAACGUCCUCUCAACUAUCAGCCACCGCUGUCCCAGUGAGCAAGAGGAGUACGAUUGAGAACUCCGUCGGGCUUGCCUAUGCCAAACAGGAGACCGAGGCUCCGAAGCGGACUUUUUGUGCGAUCAGAAGAGACUCGUACAUGA